UUGGCAUUUGUCGAAGUAUAAAUUAAAAUUAGGGAAUAAUAAUUUCGUACGUAGUAGCGAAUGCGGAUACGUUUCGUCUCGUUGCGUAGCAAAUGAUCCUGAUUUUCGUGCGACUUUAGAUUUUUGAACCCUAAAGUUCAACUUUUAAAAUAGGAUCAAAAAACACUAACUGAAACAAUCAAACUUUUUAUUUUUAAUAUUUAGAUAUUCUAACUAAUCUCUACUACUAAUACUAACUCACCUAAAAAUUAAAAAUAUUGAAAUCUAAUCAUAUUCAUAUUGUAUUUUGUUUCUUAUUUUUAUAUUGAAAUUCGUUUUGAGGAUAUUUUGAGAAAUGCAGCAGUUGACAGUUCCGACUAUUGGUGGUGGCAUGGCUCACAUCCCCAGCUGGACCAGCGGAAUGACCUUCACAACGGAGGGCUCUUAUGAACAGCAGUUGGUCUCUGCUUAUGCUGGAACACAUUUGGAGUCGUUAUGUGAAUUGGACAUAGAUUCUCCGCCCGGUGUGCACAGAAUGUCAGGCAUUAUAUGCACCAUAGGCCCAUCCUGCAGAUCAGUUGAUAUGCUGAAACAGAUGAUUAGGGCUGGAAUGAACAUUGCUAGAUUGAACUUCAGUCAUGGUACUUAUGAGUACCAUCUGGGCUCCAUAGAAAAUAUUCGAGAAGCUGCUUCCCAAGGAACUCGACCAGUUGCUAUUGCCCUGGACACUAAGGGCCCUGAAAUUAGAACUGGAAUUUUGAAAGGCGGUGUCAAUGAAGAGAUUGAACUUAAAACUGGAAAGGAGAUAACGAUCACUACAAAUGACGAGUAUAAAGAGAAAUGUGACGAGAACAUCAUCUGGGUAGACUAUAAGAACAUUAUUAACGUUGUGGACAUCGGGAAAAGUAUCUACAUUGACGACGGAUUGGUCUCAGUUAAGGUGGAGUCUAAAGGGAUUGACCACUUGAAGUGUGUCAUAGAGAAUGGGGGCUUUGUGGGGAGCAAGAAGGGUUGCAACCUGCCAAAUACCCCAGUCGACUUGCCCGUCGUGUCUGAAAGAGAUAAGGAGGAUCUGAGAUUUGGUGUUGCCAACGGUGUUGAUAUGAUAUUCGCUUCGUUUAUCAGAUCUGGUGAUGGGGUGAGAAUUCUUAGAGAGGUACUGGGAACAGAAGGUGCUCACAUAAAGAUCAUAGCAAAGAUCGAGAACCACGAGGGAGUGAAGAGAUUUGACGAGAUACUUGAGGCAGCAGAUGGCAUCAUGGUUGCUAGAGGAGACCUAGGCAUUGAAAUUCCGACUGAAAAAGUCUUUCUGGCCCAGAAAAUGAUGAUUGGAAGAUGCAACAGAGCAGGUAAACCAGUGAUAUGCGCGACACAGAUGUUGGAGAGUAUGAUCAAAAAACCUCGACCUACCAGAGCAGAGAGUAGUGAUGUGGCAAACGCUGUCCUUGAUGGGGCUGACUGCAUCAUGUUAUCAGGGGAAACUGCCAAAGGGGAGUACCCUCUGCAGGCAGUUGAGGUGAUGCACAAGAUAGCUAGGGAGGCGGAGUCAGCAGUGUACCACAAGCAGUUGUUCGAAGAGCUUCGACUCUUGACGCCCCGCCCAACAGAUGUCACUCAUACCACUGCACUGGCUGCUGUCGAAGCUUCAAUCAACUGCCUUGCCGGCGCCAUCAUCACUAUCACUACUACCGGUAGAUCGGCUCAAUUGAUGGCAGCAUACAGACCUCGUUGUCCAAUCCUGGCAGUCACAAGGAAUGAGCAGAUAUCCAGACAGUUGCACCUCUACAGAGGAAUCAUUCCUCUACAUUACAAAGAGCCGAAGUUGCACGAUUGGGCGGAGGACAUGGACGCCAGGAUCUCCUACGCGAUGGAAGCAGCAUUCAGACGUGGAUUCCUGAAGCCGGGUGUGGCCACAAUUUUGGUCACGGGUUGGCGAUCAGGUGCAGGAUUUACGAACACCAUCAGAGUCAUUAAGGCUCCCGAAAGGGAGAAAAAGAUCCACAUCCUGUCCGUCGGGAAGAUAAAUCUGGACGGUGACUCGGGAGAGGGAGGGGUGCAAGUUGAUGACGACGAGGGGGCUUCGUUUUUCUCGUAAUUAUUUCUAAAUUACGGUUGUAGUGUAUAGUGAGGUGUACAGCUAGGCAUACGUCUGUAGGUCUAAAUUCUGUACACCUCAAUCCAUUUACGUAAUUUCUUAUGUAGGAGUGAGAGAAGGUAUGUAAUCAUUCUAGGCGGCGUGUACGCGAGUAUGUAAAUGUUUUCAACUACUUUGUUACGAAGUUGUUUAGUUGUUAGAAGUAUCGUCGUUGUUAUUAUUAUUUUACGACUAUUUAUUAUUUCACUAUCAUUUCACUAUUCCAUUUAAAAUUUUCGCCAUGUUUAAUGAUUCCUGUAUAAUUAUGUAUAUUAUAUAUAUAUAUGUGUAUAUAUAUAUAUAUAUAGUUAUUGUAUGCUUAUCAUUUCCUCCACAUUAUUAUUCCAUUG